AUGAAUGCGAACAGAAUUGUGCAUCAGCUUACGCCACCGUAUCGUCCUUCCUCAAACGGACAGGCGGAACGUCUAGUGCAGGAAGUUAAGAAAAGCUUAAAGACCAAGCAGUCAAGCCGCACAGUUAGCCACCAAAUAUCGAUUUUUCUUUUGCGGUAUCGAACUACACCAAACUGCACUACGGGCAAAACACCCGCCGAGUUACUGAUGAAGAAGGAGCUCAGGACGAGGCUUUCGUUUCUGAGGCCGGAGUCAGGGAAGAGUCUUCGAGAGAAACAUCGAGACCAUUACGAUAUAGUAACUGAGCAAGUUCGUCAAAUGAGCCCGAGAGACACCGUCAUUGUCUUAAACUCUAGGCGUUACGGACGUGAGAAAUGGUUAUGUGGCACAAUCUUACAAAGACUAGGGCCAGUCAACUAUGUGGUCGAUGUCUACGGACAUCCGCGAUAUGUUCAUGUUGAACAUUUGCUAACCCGAAACCCUCGGACCAUACCCGACGAGUUCAUCUAA